AUGGCCUGUGGCUUCAAAAACUUUGUCCGUGUCAUGCAUUGCGCUCUCUGUGGGCUGUCCAGCUUAGAUCCUGAGCUUUCAGUCACUGUUCGGCCUAUUCCUGACAGUCUUAUUGAUGAGGAAAUACCGCUGCCUCUUGCUCAUAAACGCCGAGAGUGGACGCGUCAAUUGGACGAUCAAGACCGCCUUGUCUGGCGACGCAGACUAGGGGAGAAGUCGGACCAUUUACCAGGCUACGUACUACGCUUUGAGUUGCCUGUAGAGGCUGAGCCCGAGUCGGAGAGUGCAGUGUUGAGCCGCAAAGAACGUAGUCUGAGCACGGGAUAUGACCCGUCUGCAGGUGUGCAGUUUGAGCUGUUGGAGCCGCAUGACGUUGACCCGAUGCAGUUCCCACUGCCACCUCCACAUGCCGAUAUGGUGGAUAUGAUGGAGGACAUAAAACAAACGGCAGUGGUCCUUGCUGCUCAGGAUUUUCCAGCAAAGUACGCCCACUUUGUUGCAAGUACUACAAUGCUGCUUCAAGAUGGUGAUGGCAGUGUGGAGUCUUGCUUGACAGUGCAUCGAGACUACAUUCUUGAGCAAUCGAUUCAGCAUAUCAAGUGUAUCCAUGAGGCGAAUAUUCGCUUAGUGCCUUUUAACGUCUCGUUUGUAGGUGAAGGAGAUGUGUCAAGUGAUGACAAAGGUGUCGGUGGACUACACCGCGAAUGGUUGACGCUUCUGAAUGAGAAGUUGGUGGAUCCAGAAGUAGGCCUUUUCUCGUGCACGAAAUGCAGCGAUCAGAGUUUCUUCAUUAACCCGCAGUCGGAGAGCGCUCUCGGAGUAGACCAUUUGCAGUACUUUUACGCUACUGGACGUUUAGUUGGGCGAGCACUUCUCGAAGGAGCUGUGCUUAACUUUCAUUUGUGUGCGCCGCUGUUAAAAAUGAUGCUGGGCAUACCAAUUGCCUUUGGCGAUUUAGAGUACUUGGACGCGGAGAUGUACAAAAAUUUGACGUGGUUGCUGGACAACGAUGAUGCUGGGACGCUAGAGCUAGACUUUACAGUGAGUCAGCGUCACGGCAACCAUGUGCAGACCGUGGAGCUCAUCCCUGCAGGCCGAAACAUUCAAGUAAACGACGACAACAAAUUCGAGUUCGCGGACCGCAAAUUCCGCUUCAUGAUGUUUGAGAGUGUGGCACCACAGUUGGUCUCAUUUUUAAAGGGAUUUUACGAAGUCGUCCCUCAGCGGCUGUUGCUAGCGUUUGACGAGGAGGAGCUGGAUUACUUGCUGUGUGGCUCCGACAAGAUCGACGUCUCAGACUGGAAGCGGCACACGCACCUGGCACUGGAAUCUCGACGAGAAGUGGCGUGGUUUUGGGACGUUGUUGAAAACAUGUCUGACAUGUACCAAAAGCAGCUGCUACAUUUCGCCACAGGCUUUUCACGCGUUCCACUGGUUGGUUUUCAGGGUCUUACCAGCUAUGACGGCCAGCUCUGCCAGUUUACAUUGGCAGACGCAGGCGGUGUGGACUACUUUCGAAGCCACGCGUGCUACAACAUGCUCGAGUUGCCGAACUUCUCGAUGAAGGACGAAUUGAGCACAGCAUUGUAUGCCGCUUUGUACAACGAAUACGGAGUCUACGAUGUCAAGUCAGCAACGCCACCUUUGUAA